AUGGCCACACGAUUGCCAAUCACACUAGCGGUGCUUGACGAUUAUCACGGCAUAGCAGCACAGCAUUUCUCCCACAUCGACUCAUCACAGCUUGAAAUUACCGUUUUCAACGAUACGCUGCCAUCAUAUGCACAUCCAAAGACGUCGGAUGUACAGCGCAAAGCCCUCGUCGAUCGAUUAAAGCCAUUUUCUGUCCUAUCAACAGUACGUGAACGGACGCCAUUCCCACGCGAACUCCUCCUCCAACUGCCAAAUCUCAAAGUCAUCUUUGCGACUGGCGGUAAGUUUGAAAGUUGGGAUUUGGACACAAUGAAAGAGUUAAACGUAAGGGUAUGUACAGCCCCUGGAAAGGGGAGGACAGAUGGAAGAGGUAGUGGAGAGACCCCGCGGUCGUUUCCAAUCAAGCAGGGCGGUGGGCAUCCUACUACGCAGCAUGUCUGGGCACUUAUACUCGGACUUGCGAGGAACAUAGCUGCAGAUGAUGCAGUGGUCAAGGGUAAAGGCAGUCCUGCUGGGUGGCAGACGGAAAUGGCACUCGGUUUGCAGGGUAAGACGCUUGGGCUAGUUGGUCUGGGCAGAAUCGGUGCACACGUUGCUAGAGUCGGUGUUCUGGCCUUUGGUAUGAAGGUUGUUUGCUGGAGCGCAAAUUUGACACAGGAGAAAGCGGAUAGGCUGGCGGAAGAAUGUGGUGUUCCAAUCACAGGCGCUGGCAUGAUAGACGAGUAUGAAAAGACGUUCAAGGUGGUUGGGAAAGAAGAGCUUUUCAAAACGGCGGAUGUAGUGUCGCUGCACUAUGUGCUCAGCGACCGGUCAAGAGGCUUAGUUGGCACACACGAAUUGGCAUGCAUGAAACCCUCUGGUCUUUUGGUUAACACGUCUCGCGGCCCGCUUGUCGAUGAAGCAGCUCUAUUGGAUACGCUUCGAAAUGGCCGGAUCCGCGGAGCUGCGCUCGAUGUGUUCGAUAUUGAGCCUCUUCCAGCGGACAGUCCAUGGCGAAAUGAAGAUUGGGAUGUGAAAGGCAAGAGCAGGGUGCUGUUGACGCCGCAUAUGGGGUAUGUGGAAGAAGGAACUUUGAACACGUGGUAUGAAGAGACUGCAGAGAACCUUGAACGCCUCAUUCAAGGCCAAGAGCUACUAUAUCAAAUUGUAUAA